AUGACAGCCCCUGUGGACGCCCAAGAACAAGCCCGCAUCGACAACAAGAUCACGGCCGAUCUGAACGUUGUCAUUGACAAGAUGGAUCUACUGGACAGCAUGCUAAAACCGGGUGCCGAUUCUCCCACACCAUCUGUCAAAAAGCACGAAGCAUUGUUGGCCGUGAUUGGAUUUUUGGAAGCGUGUGCGCCUCGCAUGGUGGAAUUGGUCGAAGCCGCCGCACAGGGACUGUUAUCGGGACAUGUCUUGGAAAAGUGUCUGGCGGUGAAUGAUCGCCUUUUGAAACAAUUACAAGAAAUUGAUACUCUGGCACUCACCGAAACGGCAGCAUCGACCACGGCCGCAUCGGUGCCCGUCAAGGACAUGGCCGAAUUACUGUUGGACGACGAUGAUGACGAAGAUGAUGACAAACGAAAACAAGCGCCACCAGCAGGCACCAAAUCUACAGGAGAAGACGAAGAAGACAAUGGAAAACUUCCAGCUGCAGAGGAUGGAAAAGUACCUGCUGCCGAUGAGGAUGGAAAAAUGCCAGCCGAAGACGAUGGAAAAAUGCCAGCGGCAGCAGCACCAGAUGUGGCGGCAACAGGUGAAAAGGACAGUUUUGAUGACUUUUUUGCAGAACGAACGGCUGCUUUUACAAGUAAUAAUCAAGAAUGA